GACCAGGCGGGAGAAUAAAUACGAAAACUUUGAGGUGUCUCUGGGCUGCCUUCUAGAAUUGUGUGUUUUGUUUCCAGCUCAUAAAUUACUUUUGGUUAAAUUGGGCUGGAUGGUUUGUAGUUUAUUAUGUUAAAAGAAACUAGAAACGACACGUGAGGGUGGGGUUUUUUUGGGAGUAGGUUAAUAGUAGAAAGAAGAAUAAGGAAGGGGUGGAUCCAUUGUGAAGAGAAGAAUGAUAGGAUAGGAACUGGUGACAAAGGGUUGAGUGCUUUAAAGCUUACUGUGGUGUCGUUGGUGCUCUCUGAGCUUGGUUAUUUUCUUCCAGACGUGCAACUAAGGAACAACAUCAGUUCCACGUGCUUAAACUCAGUUACUGGUGAUUGAUCCGCUGCCUCUGCUGGAAGUUGGUUCCAAGCUUCUGCUACUCUUGAUUGUGUUGGUUCACUCGCGUGGUUUUAUAGGUUAACAUGGCCUAUCAAUCAGAGGUGAUCAUUGAUGCUCAGCCACAACCUGCAGGCACCAGCUACACCUUCAAUAAUCAAGGCAACUGGAAUUCGGAGCUGUGUGACUGCUGUUCUGACAUGGGCAUCUGUCUUUGUGCCACUUUUAUACCCUGCGUCCUUGCCUGUCGGGUCUCGGAACAAGCUGGGGAAUCCUGCUGUCUCCCAUUUUUGCCAGGGUCUCUGAUCGCUCUCCGUACAGGAGUGCGUGGAAAAUACGGUAUUCAGGGGUCUAUCUGUGACGAUUGGGUGGUCAUGUCCUGCUGUAUGCUGUGUGGUCUCUGUCAGAUGGCUAGAGAGCUGAACAGGAAUUGAGAAGACAGAAGAAGUGUCCGGUCUUCACUCUGGAGAAAGCGAAGGAAGAGUUGAAGAAAUGAGU